AUGGUGAAGUUCUCAAAAGAGCUGGAGGCCCAGCUGAUCCCAGAAUGGAAAGAAGCUUUUGUCAACUACUGGCAGCUGAAGAAGCAGGUUAAGAAGAUCAAACUCGCCCGCAAACCGAAACCCCCUCAACAAGUCGCCAACAGCACUUCCUCCGAAUUCGGCUUCUCGAUUUUCGACCCCAUUCGAUCCUACUUCUCCUCUGCUAGCUCCUUCUCCUCCACCACCGCCGAAAUCAUCAAGGUGCGAAGGAAAAUGAUGGCUGGCUCCGACCAUGAAGUCUACCAAACCGACCUCGUCCACCUCUUCUCCGAGGAAGACGAGGUGAGGGCAUUUUUCGAGAAGUUGGAUGGAGAGCUAAACAAGGUGAACCAGUUCUACAUGGCGAAAGAGAAGGAGUUCAUGCAGAGGGGAGACAUCCUCAACAAGCAGCUGGACAUACUGAUGGACCUCAAGCGGAUUCUCGCCCAACAUCGUCGUUGUGCGAAGUCUUCUUCCAACAACUCUAGUGUUAGUGGUGGCGUCUUUUCUCGCUCGUGGUCGUCUUCGCCGCGUACCUCUGACUUCUCCGAGUCCGGGUUGGAAAGCGAGUUGACAGGCGGGGAGACGCCGAAAUCGGAGCAGUCGGAGACGGAGGAAGUCAUUGCCGCACUGGAGAAGAACGGGGUGAGUUUUGUGAACUCCAACACGAGGACGAAACUGAAGAAAGGAGGAAGCGGCGGUAACAACAACAACAACAAGCCGAAGAUGGCACUGAGGGUGGACAUCCCGGCGACAACGCCGACGAGGACGAUCACAGCUGUCACGUCGAUGCUGUGGGAGGAUCUGAUCAACAAUCCGAAGAAGGGUGAAUCCGGCGGCGGCGGAGACCACAUCAACAGGAAGAAGAUUCAGUGCGCUGAGAAAAUGAUUCGAAGUGCUUUCGUCGAGCUGUACCGAGGCCUUGGCCUCCUCAAAACUUACAGCUCACUCAACAUGGUGGCAUUUACAAAGAUCCUCAAAAAAUUCGACAAGGUGGCAAACCAGCAGGCAUCACCUAGUUACUUAAGAGAAGUCAAGAAAUCUCACUUCAUUAGCUCUGACAAGGCUGUAAGGCUGAUGGAUGAAGUGGAGUGCAUAUUCACAAAGCACUUCGCCAACAACGACAGGAAGAAAACAAUGAAGUUCCUCAGACCCCAGCAACAGAAAGAGUCUCACAUGGUCACAUUCUUCGUUGGCCUUUUUACGGGUUGUUUCGUGUCACUCUUCAGUGUCUACGCAAUCUUGGCACAUCUCUCUGGCAUCUUCAGCCCUACCACAGGACGAUCCUACGUCGAAACCGUGUACCCAGUUUUCAGCGUGUUUGCGCUGUUGAGCUUGCACUUGUUCAUGUACGGGUGCAACUUGUUCAUGUGGAAGGCCACGAGGAUCAACCACAACUUCAUCUUCGAGUUCCAGCCCAGCAAUUCCCUCAAGUACAGGGAUUCCUUCCUCAUCUGCACCACUUUCAUGACAUCCGUCGUCGGGGCGAUGGUGAUCCAUCUCCUUCUACGGGCUGCCGGGUUCUCGCCUAGCCAGGUCGACGCCAUACCUGGAGUUCUCAUCUUGAUCUUCAUAGCACUGUUGAUAUGUCCAUUUGACAUCUUGUAUCGCCCGACGCGGUACUACUUCCUCCGGAUCAUGCGCAACAUUGCAUGCUCUCCUCUCUAUAAGGUUCUAUUGGUGGACAUCUUCAUGGCGGACCAACUUACUAGUCAGAUUCCACUACUAAGGCAUAUGGAAUCCACCACAUGCUACUUCAUAGCAGGCACUUUCAAGACGCAUAGAUACGAGACGUGCAACUCUGGAAAGCUAUAUCGCGACCUUGUCUAUCUCAUCUCCUUUCUCCCAUACUACUGGAGAGCCAUGCAGUGUUUGAGAAGAUACAUCGAAGAGUCCGACGUAAACCAGCUGGCUAACAUGGGGAAGUACGUGUCGGCAAUGGUGGCAGCCGGUGCUAGGUUGACAUACGCCAAGAAGGAGAACCAUCUUUGGUUCGCCAUCGUCUUGGUCACUUCUGCUUUUGCUACCAUUUAUCAGCUCUACUGGGAUUUCGUCAAGGAUUGGGGACUUCUCAACCCUAAAUCGAAGAACAAAUGGCUCAGGGAUGACUUGAUCUUGAAGAACAAGAGCAUCUACUACAUGUCCAUCGGCUUGAACGUGGUUCUGAGAGUUGCAUGGGUGGAAACGGUGAUGGGUUUUCGUUUCAAAAUGGUGGAGUCGCGAAUGUUGGAUUUCUUCUUGGCUUCUUUGGAGGUCAUUCGACGAGGGCACUGGAACUUCUAUCGGCUGGAGAAUGAGCAUGUGAGCAAUGUGGGAAAGUGCAAGGCGGUGAAGCCUGUUACGGUGCCGUUUCGUGACGCGGAUUCUGAUUGA